AUGGCGUUGGGUGGCCGCAUUUCGGAGUUUGACGUUCAUGGAAAUUCGACAUGGGAAGAAUACGUCGAGCGCAUCGAACUGUACUGUGCCGUCAACAAGGUGUUGGAGGCCGUGGACAAGAGGGCGGUGCUGCUGAGUUGCUGCGGGCAGGAAGCGUACUCCCUGAUAUCGACGCUCGUCAAGCCCCUACGACCGCCGAACGUGGAAUACCAGGUCCUCAUCGACACCGUACAGAACCACAUUCAGCCAAAGCCGUCCGAGCUGUAUUCGAGGUACGUGUUUUCGAAACGGGACCAGGAAUUUGGCGAGUCUGUGGCCGACUACGUCACUGCGUUGCGAAGGUUAGCUGGAAACUGUGGGUUCGGCGGGGAUAAGUUUCCGCUUACUGAAAUGCUGCGCGACCGGCUGGUUUUCGGAAUAGCCGACGGAGUCGCACAACAACGGCUCCUGGCAGAAAAGAAACUGACUUUCGAAGCAGCGUACGAUCUCGCAGUCACGGCAGAGACUACAGCUAAGCAGCACCAAGCUAUAAGCGAAAGACGACGAGAAGCGGAAGCUCAGGUAGAAAUGACCGCGGAAGUAGGCUCGCGAGCUAAAAUGCCGAACUCGGAAAACCACGAAAGCCAACGGGUCGCGGGGACCUGGGAGCAAGGUGAGCGGCGUUGCUUUCGGUGUUUAGGCAACCACGCAGCUGUGCGGUGCAGGUUCAAAAAUGCAAAGUGCUUCAAGUGUUCAGGAAAAGGACACAUAGAAAGAGCGUGCAAAGCAAAUAAGACGCAAGCACAGGAUCAGCUUGCUCAGACUACGGGUGACACAGGAACCGAGUACGACAGCCUAUUCAGCAUCGGCCAAGUAGCAAGCGCUGUACCGAAGUACGUAUAG